AUGGAGAUGGUCAGUCAAGCUCUACAAUUUUGGUAUGAACAUCAAGAAAAAGGCAAAGUCGCCUUUCGAUUUAAAGCCUUUUUGGAGGGCAAAGCGGUUCGUGUUGGGAAGGGAAAGAAGCUCGGCAAAAGCAAGGGUCAAAGGAAAGGCCGGGCAGCAACUGAGUCAUUGUCAGAUGAGGAAGCUACAGUUGGGCAGGGAAGGAAGAAGGGAAGGACCGAGUCCGGGUCAGAUGAGGAAGCUUGGCCGACUCGAAAGAAAAUAGCAUCCAAGAGUGGUUGGGAGGACUCUCAUACCGAGUCCGGGUCAGACGGGGAACCUCAGUCUACAAGAACGAAAGGGAAGAAACCUCAAGAUCAAUGGGACUCUGAUGAGGAAGCUUGGCCAAGCAUGGCAAAAGGAAGGCCAAAUCCCAAGGUGGAUGUGGAGAAGCAGGGAGUUCGGCCGACGAAGAAGAAGGCAGCCGACUUGAGAGGAACCAAGCCUGGGUCAGUCAAGGAAGCUCAGCCGAAACACGAAGUUCAGCCGACCAAGAAAGCAGUCAAAAACUUGACCACAAGAAAAGGGGAAGAUGAAGAUCAAUGGCACUCUGAUGUGGAAGAGGAGGAAGCUCGGCCCAACAGGACGAAAGCAGUGAAGUUCCUAGGGUCAGAAAAAGCAGCUCAGAAAGAUCAAUGGGACUCUGACUCAGAUGUCGAGAAGCAGGAAGUUCGGCCAAUCAAGAAGAAAGCAGCCACAGUCAAGGGGACAGGAACCAAGCCUGGGUCAGAUGAAGAAGCUUGGCCAACGACGAAGGCAGCCAACUUUGAAGGAACCAAGCCCGAGUCAGUUGAGGAAGUUCGGCCAAAACCCAAAGAACAAUGGGACUCAGACUCGGAUCUUGAGAAACAGGAAGUUCAGCCAACAAAGAAGAAAGCAGCCACCAAGAACGACUUCAAUGUAAAGGGGACAGUAGCUGAGCCUGGGUUAGACGAUGAAGCUCGGCCAACAAAGAAGACUAUUGAUAACCUGAAACCUAAAGGUGAAAGCUUUUGGGAAAUGGACUUUGCAGAGCCGUUGGGUGGACAUGGGGUGAAAAGAAAAUACAGUGAUAAUGAAGAGGAUGCCCUCCCCAACAAGACUUCUCGGUUGGAGGCCGGUUACAAACUUGGCCCCAAAAACGGCCGACCUGGCACAAUCAAGAAGGCUGCUGGCUCCCCUGUCGUACAAGACAUUUCCAUUGACAAACCAUGUACCGAGGUCGAUCCACAUGCUGGUCGCAGCCCAUCAACUAACAUUGAUUUAGUCAAGUUGGCCAUGGCUGUCCCUGUCAAGGCAAAACCUAAACCUCGGCCCAUCAAAGGCAAGGUUUCCACCGAGCUCGGUAUUGUGACCCAAGAUCGGUCAAAGAGAAUUGCUGAAGAGAGUGUUCGAACCACCCAAUCCAAGAAACAUUAG